UCUAGGGUUUAUAACACUCUCAUCCUUUAUUUACACCCCCUCUCACAAAGCUUUAGCCGUCUCUCUCGCCCCCUCUCCUUCGUAGAGUCAGAUCGAGCUUCAGCAAUGGCCUUUGUCAAAGCUCAGAAAUCCAAGGCCUAUUUCAAGCGGUUUCAGGUCAAGUUUAAGAGAAGGCGAGAGGGGAAGACGGACUACCGUGCCAGGAUCCGUUUAAUUAAUCAGGAUAAGAACAAGUACAAUACUCCCAAGUAUCGUUUUGUUGUGCGAUUUACCAACAAGGAUAUCACUGCACAAGUGAUCUCUGCUAGUAUUGCUGGUGAUUUGGUUCUUGCUGCUGCUUAUUCCCAUGAGCUGCCACGUUAUGGUCUGGAAGUUGGCCUUACUAACUAUGCAGCGGCUUACUGUACUGGCCUUCUUUUGGCCCGUCGUGUCUUGAACUUGCUUGAAAUGGACAAAGAGUAUGAAGGCAAUGUUGAGGCAACUGGUGAGGAUUACUCAGUUGAACCUGCAGACAGCAGGAGACCAUUCCGUGCCCUCCUUGAUGUUGGUCUUUUAAGGACAACAACCGGAAACCGUGUUUUUGGUGCCCUCAAGGGAGCAUUGGAUGGUGGUCUUGAUAUCCCACACAGUGAGAAAAGGUUCGCUGGUUACAACAAAGAAAAUAAGCAGUUUGAUGCAGAUGUUCACCGCAAAUAUAUUUAUGGUGUCCAUGUUGCUGAUUACAUGAAGGUCUUAAUGGACGAGGAACCUGAGAAGUAUCAGUCUCACUUCAGUGAAUACAUCAAAAAAGGAAUUGAGGCUGAGAGCAUUGAGGAGAUGUACAAGAAGGUUCAUGCAGCUAUCCGUGCUGAUCCUACUGUGAAGAAAUCUGAGAAGCAGCCUCCCAAGGAACAUAAGAGGUUUAAUUUGAAGAAGCUCACCUAUGAGGAAAGGAAGGCGAAGUUGAUCGAGAGAUUGAAUACCUUCAACUCAGCUGCCGAAGCUGAUGAUGAAGAUGACGAGGAGUAGAAGUUUAUUUUCCCAAGUUUAACUGUUGAAGAACUUAUGCUUUCUUCUUUAUUUUUGACAAUUUUUGAAGCUUGGAUUGUUUUUUUGCAUCUUCUAGAUGGUAAUUAGAUUAUAUGGAUAUUUUAUUUGGCAUGAAUUAUAUCAAAGUUUUGACUUUCAUGUUA